CGCAAGCGUUAACAAUAAACUCCAUUUCGACACUUAAUCAGCGUAUCUGAAAAUAUAAUAGAUGAAAACAUUUUGCCCAUUCUAAAGUUUUAUAAUCAUGAAUCUGAUGUGGAAUAUCACAUUAUUGGUUUGUACUUUUUACCUGAGAAACAACGGUGUUGAUGCAGGUCAUCUAAGAAUUCUUGGAGGAGCAGAAGCCUCCAUAGAGGAUCAUCCAUGGAUAGUUUCAAUUUUGUAUCCUAGAAUAGGUUUUAAAUGUGCUGGGUCUCUUAUAAGUGAAGAUACGGUAUUAACAGCUGGACAUUGUCUUAGAAAUCCGGAUUCACAACCAAUAUCAGUCGUUCUCGGAACUGCUGACAGAAGCCAUCCAGGUACCACAAUAAAAGUUAAGGAAGCUAAAAAACAUGAAAACUAUAGUCUAGAAGAUUUAAAUUUACGAACUGAAAAAGCUAAUUAUGAUAUAGGAUAUAUUAAGUUGGCAGAUAAAGUACCGUUUUCCGACAAGAUUCGGCCUAUAAAACUACCAGAAAAAUAUAAUAAAGUACCACUAGGGACACCGCUCGUAGUUGCAGGCUGGGGGAAAACUACGCCAACUGGUUCGGCAUCGACUAUUUUGAAAGAAGCUAAAGUUACCGCUGCACAUGACGACAAUGUAUGUACUAGUGAGGAAAAAUUUUGUGCUGGAGGUAGAACAUUAGCAACUUGCUCGGGCGAUUCAGGAGGUCCUUUAGAACUAGAUGGUACUCUAAUAGGAAUUGUGUCCUUUGGUUAUAACGACUGUAUAGACAGUGAUGAGCCAGCAGGUUAUGCCAAUGUCGCCUUUUUCCGUACGUGGAUCAAAAAUCAAACGGGUGUCUAGUUUGUUUUAUGUACCCAUUAAAAGUUGUGUCAAUUACUGAUUGUUUAAUAUAAUAAAUACUGUUUAAAUA